UUCGCAAUUCGGCUCUCGAGGGCUGAGGCUUGGAGUUCCGGCUUUCUGCGCACGUGGUGUACUACGCAUUGUGGGCUUGAAGCUGCAGUGCGGGAGACUGAUCUGUUCUGGAGUGAUGGGGCCAGCCCCAGCCAGAGAACACUUGCGCGGAGCGUCUGGGGAGGCAGAGGUGUUGGAACCAGUCCUGGAAGGCACAGUCCGGAAGAAGAACAAGAUGUCUUCAAGAAAGCGUCCAGUGGCUGGAUCCCAAGCAGAGAGCCUCCUGCAGCCUGUGAAGCUCAGCCGGGAAGAACUGUACAAGGAGCCUACCAAUGAAGAGCUGAAUCGCCUUCGGGAAACUGAGAUCCUAUUCCACUCCAGCUUGCUUCGUUUACAGGUAGAGGAACUACUGAAGGAAAUAAGACUUUCAGAGAAGAAGAAGGACCGAAUUGAUGUCUUUCUGCGAGAAGUCAACCAGCGUAUCAAAAAGGUUCCCUCAACACCUGAGACAGAGCUUAUUGACCAGGCCUGGCUCCCAGCUGGGGUUCAAGUCCCCCUCCAUCAAGUGCCCUAUUCUGUGAAGGGUUCUUUCCGCUUCUUACCUCCAACCCAAGUCAUUGUUGUGGGCAGCUACCCUCUGAGCACCUGUACCCGGCCCAACAUCAAUGUGGAUAUAGCACUGACUAUGCCCAAGGAAAUCUUACAAGAUAAGGACCUGCUGAACCAGCGUUAUUUCCGCAAGCGUGCACUGUACCUGGCCUACUUGGCUCACCACCUGGCUCAAGAUCCCCUGUUUGGCAGUGUGCGCUUCUCCUACACCAAUGGCUGCCACCUGAAACCGUCGCUGCUGCUAAGGCCACAUGGAAAGGAUGAGCACUUGGUCACUGUACGCCUACAUCCAUGCCCUCCACCUGACUUUUUCCGUCCAUGUCGCUUAUUGCCCACUAAGAACAAUGUGCGCUCCACCUGGUACCAAGGACAGAGUCAUCCAGGAGAUGGUAAACCAGAACCCCCUACUCCUCACUACAACACAUGGGUCCUGCAGGAUACAGCUCUGGAGUACCAUAUGCAGCUGCUUUCAGCUGUGCUGGGCUCUGCCCAAGGGCUGAAAGAUGGUGUAACACUUUUGAAGGUCUGGCUGCGGCAGCGGGAACUGAACACAGGCCUGGGUGGAUUUAAUGGGUUCCUUAUCUCCAUGCUGGUUGCCUUCCUUGUGUCCACACGCAAAAUCCACACAACUAUGAGCGGCUACCAGGUCCUGAGAAGCGUCUUACAGUUUCUGGCCACAACAGAUUUGACCAUUAAUGGGAUCAGUUUAUGUCUCAGCACAGAUCCCUCUUUGCCAACCCUGGCUGACUUUCACCAAGCCUUUCCUGUUGUCUUCCUGGACUCAUCAGGCCGUCUCAACCUCUGUGCUGAUGUCACUGCCUCUACUUACCACCAGGUGCAGCAUGAGGCACGGCUAUCUACUGUGCUGCUGGACAGCAAAGCUGACGAUGGAUUCCAGCUGCUAUUGAUGACUCGCAAACCUAUGGUCCGGUCUUUUGACCAUAUCCUGCAUGUCCGUCCUGUGAGUCGCCUGCAGGCAGCGUGUCACCGGCUAAAGCUCUGUCCAGAACUGCAGGACAAUGGUGGGGACUAUGUGUCAGCUGUUUUGGGCCCACUAACUGCCCUCCUGGAGCAGGGUCUGGGGACCCGACUGCAGCUGCUGGCACACUCUCGGCCCCCAGUUCCAGAGUGGGACAUCAGCCAAGAUCCACCAAAGCACAAAGACUCUGGGGCCCUGACUCUGGGAUUGCUCCUCCAACCAGAGGGACUGACCAGUGUUCUCGAGCUGGGUCCAGAGGCUGAUCAGCCUAAGGCUUCUGACUUCCGCCAGUUUUGGGGAUCCCGCUCAGAACUUCGGCGCUUCCAGGACGGAGCCAUUAGGGAAGCUGUGGUUUGGCAGGCAGCCUCUCUAUACCAGAAGCGUCUUAUCCCCCAUCAGGUGGUCACCCACCUCCUGGCACUCCAUGCUGACAUUCCAGAGACUUGUGUCCACUAUGUGGGGGGCUUCCUGGAUGCAUUGAUCCAAGGCCCAAAGGAGACCUCUAGCACAGGAGAGGAGGCCCUCACAAUGGCAGUGCGUUGCUAUGAUGAUCUGAGCCGUCUGCUGUGGGGGCUGGAGGGCCUUCCUCUAACUGUAUCUGCUGUUCAGGGAGCCCACCCAGUGCUGCGCUAUACAGAGGUGUUUCCACCAACCCCAGUCCGACCUGCCUACUCCUUUCACGAGCACCUCCGAGAGCGGGCCUUGCUAUUACCUCGGUCUGAUAAGCCUUGCCCAGCAUAUGUAGAGCCCAUGACUGUGGUUUGUCACCUGGAGGGCAGUGGUCAGUGGCCUCAGAAUGCUGAGGCAGUGCGGCGGGUCAGAGCUGCCUUCCAGCUGCGCCUGGCAGAGCUACUGACACAGCAGCAUGGACUGCAGUGCUGUGCCACUGCCACACACACCGAUGUCCUCAAGGAUGGGUUUGUGUUCCGGAUCCGCGUGGCCUAUCAGCGAGAGCCACAGAUACUGAGGGAGGUGCAGAGCCCAGAGGGGAUGAUCUCUUUGAGAGACACCCCUGCCUCCCUCCGCCUAGAGAGAGACACCAAGCACUUGCCCCUGCUCACCAGUGCCCUACACGGACUCCAGCAGCAGCAUCCAGCCUUCUCGGGUGUAGCUCGGCUGGCCAAGCGGUGGGUGCGCGCCCAGCUUCUGGGUGAGGGGCUCACUGAUGAAUGCCUGGAUCUGGUGACUGCUGCCCUUUUCCUGCACCCUGAGCCCUUUACCCCUCCCAGCUCCCCCCAGGUUGGCUUCCUUCGGUUCCUUUCUCUCAUAUCAACCUUUGAUUGGAAGAAUAAUCCCCUCAUUGUCAACCUCAACAAUGAGCUCACUGUGGAGGAGCAGGUGGAAAUCCGCAGCGGUUUUCUGGCAGCCCGGACACGACUUCCUGUUAUGGUCCUCAUGACUCCCCAGGACCGCAAAAGCUCUGUGUGGACACAGGAUGGACCUUCAGCCCAGAUUCUCCAGCAGCUUGUGAUCCUAGCAGCUGAGGCUCUGCCAAUCCUGGAAAAGCAGCUGAUGGAUCCCCGGGGACCUGGGGACAUCAGGACAGUGUUCCGGCCACCCUUGGACAUAUACGAUGUGCUGAUCCGCCUGUCUCCCCGCCACAUUCCCCGGCACCGCCAGGCUGUGGACUGUCCAGCAGCCUCCUUCUGUCGUGGCCAGCUCAAGGAGCCACGACCCUCAUCACUGAUGCCAGUGUUGGGAUAUGAUCCUCCUCAGAUCUAUCUAACACAGCUCAGGGAGGCUUUUGGGGAUCUGGCCCUUUUCUUCUAUGACCAGCAUGGUGGAGAGGUGAUUGGUGUACUCUGGAAGCCCACCAGCUUCCAGCCCCAGCCCUUCAAGGCUUCCAGCACAAAAGGGCACAUGAUGGUGUCUCAGGGUGAGGAGGUGGUGAUGGUGCCCAAUGUAGAAGCAAUCUUGGAGGACUUUGCUGUGUUGGGUGAAGGCCUGGUGCAGGCCGUGGAGGCCCGAAGUGAAAGGUGGACUGUGUGAUCCCAGCUUUGGAGCAAGCUAUUGAUGGACCUCAGGAGCAAGAUGUCAUGCAUAUGGACCCUCCAUAAUGGGCCUGAUGGUUUGAACAUAUCGAAGCAUCCUGCACCAAUUUUCUGUCUGCUGCUUCAGCACUGAGGCAGGGCUAUGGUGUCUGGUCAAGUACACUGAGCCUGAUUUCCUGGAUAGCCAAAAGAGGACUAGGAGUCAGCUCAGAGGAACUGAAUCCAGGAGAUCUGUUGCCUGAAUCCUGGGCCUGGACCUUUACCCCACCCCUCUUAGGCUUCUCUGAGAAGCAGUUAGAGAAGAGGGUAUGUGCCUGGGUUGGAGGCUCUGUCUCCAUCCCCCAGCAAGGCAUAUGUGUGCAGAUCUCAUUGUGCCCUUCACUGUAGCCUCAGGCCUUCAGUUGGGACCCAGAGGUGUGGCUCUUUCUGAGGGUCACAACACUAGCACUGAGUAAUGGGAAGGGGGCUAUGUGUGUCUGAAUAGACCACAUUGAAAGCAUACAAUGCCUCCUGUGUUGGUGCUACCGCUUCCCAGGGUGGAGACUGGGAAGGGGCAGAGAUAGGAUAGAGCUGGGUGAGCUAAACGGUCAGGUGGUCCCCCAACCAAGGAGGGAUAUGGAAGGCAUCAAGUGCUACCCGCAGCCAGUGAGUGUCUGAUUCUG